CAGAACGGCUCUCGAACGCGGAAGCUAUUUCGGGCUUUAAAAAUAAAAUAAGAAAUAUUAAUUGACCUGUCUGUAGCCCUCUCGAAUAUAUUUAAUUGAAAACACAAUAUGCCUAAACCACAACCACAAGACGAAGAUGCUGACCCAACCCCAUAUCUUUUCGUCUCUUUGGAACAGAGAAGAAUUGAUCAAUCUAAGCCUUACGAUUCAAAGAAAUCAUGUUGGGUACCAGACGAAAAAGAAGGCUACCUAUUAGGUGAAAUUAAGGCUACCAAAGGAGACAUUGUCUCUGUUGGCCUCCCAGGAGGAGAGACAAAAGAUUUCAAAAAAGAUCUUGUCACACAAGUCAAUCCUCCAAAGUAUGAGAAAACCGAAGAUAUGUCUAAUUUGACAUAUUUAAACGAUGCCUCUGUACUUCAUAACUUGAAGCAGAGAUACUACAAUAAACUUAUUUACACUUAUUCUGGUCUUUUCUGUAUCGCUAUCAAUCCAUACAAACGUUUCCCCGUAUACACUAACCGCUGUGCUAAAAUGUACCGUGGUAAACGUCGUAAUGAAAUGCCACCACAUAUUUUCGCCAUUUCUGACGGUGCCUACGUUGAAAUGUUAACAAAUCAUCAAAAUCAAUCUAUGUUGAUUACUGGUGAAUCUGGUGCUGGUAAGACUGAGAACACGAAAAAAGUAAUUGCGUAUUUCGCCACCGUUGGCGCUUCAACCAAAAAAGAUGCAGCUGCUGAAAAGAAGGGUUCACUUGAAGAUCAAGUCGUACAAACUAACCCUGUACUUGAAGCUUUUGGUAACGCUAAGACCGUCCGUAACGAUAACUCUUCUCGUUUCGGUAAAUUCAUCCGUAUUCAUUUCGGCCCAACUGGUAAACUUGCUGGUGCUGAUAUUGAAACUUAUCUAUUAGAAAAGGCUCGUGUCAUUUCUCAACAAUCUUUGGAACGGUCAUACCACAUUUUCUACCAAAUUAUGUCCGGCUCUGUAGCUGGAGUUAAAGCAAUGUGUUUCCUUUCUGACAACAUCUACGAUUACGUAAAUGUAUCACAAGGUAAAGUUACAAUUCCAAAUAUGGAUGACGGCGAGGAAUUUGCACUUACAGAUCAAGCCUUUGAUGUCUUGGGUUUCACCAAAGAAGAAAAAGAAAAUGUAUACAAAAUCACCGCCGCUGUCAUGCACAUGGGUGGUAUGAAAUUCAAACAAAGAGGUCGCGAAGAACAGGCUGAAGCUGAUGGUACAGAUGAUGGUGAACGUGUUGCCAAAUUAUUGGGUUGUGACACAGCACAACUUUACACUAACUUAUUGAAACCCCGUAUUAAAGUCGGUACAGAAUUCGUCACACAAGGUCGUAAUGUUGUACAAGUCAAUAACUCAGUUGGUGCUUUAUGUAAGGGUACCUUUGAUCGUCUCUUCAAAUGGUUGGUCAAAAAAUGUAACGAAACUUUGGACACAAAACAAAAACGUCAACAUUUCAUUGGUGUACUGGAUAUUGCUGGUUUCGAAAUUUUCGAUUACAACGGCUUUGAACAAUUGUGUAUCAACUUUACCAAUGAGAAAUUGCAACAAUUCUUUAACCAUCACAUGUUUGUAUUGGAACAAGAAGAAUACAAAAAAGAAGGUAUUAAUUGGGAUUUCAUUGAUUUUGGUAUGGACUUGUUGGCCUGUAUUGAUCUUAUUGAAAAGCCUAUGGGUAUCUUGUCCAUCCUUGAAGAAGAAUCUAUGUUCCCGAAAGCUACUGAUCAAACUUUCACUGAAAAAUUGAACUCAACUCACUUGGGUAAAUCAGCACCCUUCCAAAAACCAAAACCACCAAAGCCAGGUCAACAAGCUGCUCACUUUGCCAUUGGCCAUUAUGCUGGUGUUGUAGCCUAUAAUAUCACCGGUUGGUUGGAAAAGAACAAGGAUCCCUUGAACGACACUGUUGUCGACCAAUUCAAAAAAUCAUCCAACAAAUUGUUGAUAGAAAUCUUCGCUGAUCAUCCAGGUCAAUCUGGUGGUCAAGAUACUGGUGGUAAAGGUGGUCGUGGUAAGAAAGGUGGUGGUUUCGCUACUGUAUCUUCAGCCUACAGAGAACAAUUGAAUAAUUUGAUGACAACUUUGAGAUCAACACAACCUCACUUUGUACGUUGUAUCAUUCCAAAUGAAUUGAAACAACCCGGUGUCAUUGAUUCACACUUGGUAAUGCAUCAAUUGACCUGUAACGGUGUACUUGAAGGUAUCCGUAUUUGUCGUAAAGGUUUCCCCAACAGAAUGGUAUACCCAGACUUCAAAUUGCGUUACAUGAUUUUGGCGCCUGCAAUUAUGACAGCUGAAAAAAAUCCUAAAAAUGCAGCUGCUAAAUGUCUUGAAUCUGUUGGUUUGGAUCCUGAUAAUUACCGUAUUGGACAUACUAAGGUAUUCUUCAGAGCUGGUGUCUUGGGUCAGAUGGAAGAAUUGCGUGAUGAACGCUUAGGUAAAAUUAUGUCAUGGAUGCAAGCUUGGGCUCGUGGUUACUUGGCCCGUAAAGGAUUCAAGAAAUUACAAGAACAACGUAUUGCCUUACAAGUUGUACAAAGAAACUUGCGCAAAUACCUUCAAUUACGUACAUGGCCAUGGUGGAAAUUGUGGCAAAAAGUUAAACCUCUUCUUAACGUCACACGUGUUGAAGAUGAAAUUGCCAGACUUGAAGAGAAAGCUAAGAAAGCUGAAGAAGCUUUUGCUAAAGAAGAAAAAGUAAGAAAAGAAUUGGAAGCUGUAAAUGCUAAAUUAUUGGCAGAAAAGAACGCUCUUUUGGAUUCUUUGGCUGGUGAAAAAGGUUCAAUCCAAGAAUUCCAAGAAAAAACCGCUAAAUUACAAGCACAAAAGAGUGAUUUAGAAAACCAACUUCGCGACAUUCAAGAUCGUUUGUCACAAGAGGAAGAUGCCCGCAAUCAAUUAUUCCAACAAAAGAAGAAAGCCGAUCAAGAAAUCUCAGGACUCAAGAAAGACAUUGAAGAUAUGGAAUUGGCUGUACAAAAGGCUGAACAAGAUAAAGCCACAAAAGAUCAUCAAAUCCGCAAUUUGAACGAUGAAAUCGCUCACCAAGACGAACUCAUCAACAAAUUGAAUAAAGAAAAGAAAAUGCAAGGUGAAACAAACCAAAAAACUGGUGAAGAAUUACAAGCAGCCGAAGAUAAAAUCAACCACCUUAACAAAGUUAAAGCUAAAUUAGAACAAACACUCGACGAAUUAGAAGAUUCUUUAGAACGUGAAAAGAAAUUACGUGGUGAUGUUGAAAAAUCAAAAAGAAAAGUAGAAGGUGAUCUUAAAUUGACACAAGAGGCUGUAUCAGACUUAGAACGUAACAAAAAAGAGUUGGAACAAACAAUUCAACGUAAAGAUAAGGAAAUUUCAUCAUUGACUGCCAAAUUAGAAGAUGAACAAUCAGUUGUUGGUAAAUCACAAAAACAAGUUAAAGAAUUACAAUCAAGAAUUGAAGAACUCGAAGAAGAAGUUGAAGCUGAACGCCAAGCACGUGCUAAAGCUGAAAAACAAAGAGCUGAUUUGGCCCGUGAAUUGGAGGAAUUGGGUGAACGUCUUGAAGAAGCUGGUGGUGCAACCUCAGCUCAAAUUGAACUUAAUAAGAAACGUGAAGCUGAACUUAGCAAGCUUAGACGUGACUUAGAAGAAGCCAACAUUCAACAUGAAGCUACAUUAGCUAACCUCCGCAAGAAACACAAUGAUGCUGUUGCUGAAAUGGCUGAACAAGUUGAUCAACUCAAUAAAUUGAAGGCUAAAGCUGAACAUGAUCGCCAAAGUGCACAUAAUGAGCUUAAUCAAACACGCGGAGUUUGCGACCAACUUGCGCGUGAUAAGGCUGCACAAGAAAAGAUUGCUAAACAAUUACAACAUCAAUUGAAUGAAGCUACAGGUAAAUUGGAUGAAACCAAUAGAACCCUCAACGACUUCGAUGCCGCCAAGAAGAAACUUUCAAUUGAAAAUUCAGAUCUUCUCCGUCAAUUGGAAGAAGCUGAAUCACAGGUUUCACAAUUAUCUAAAGUUAAGAUUUCACUUACAACACAAUUGGAAGACACCAAACGUUUGGCUGAUGAAGAAGCUCGUGAACGUGCUACACUCUUAGGUAAAUUCCGUAAUUUAGAACACGACUUAGACAACUUGAGAGAACAAGUUGAAGAAGAAGCUGAAGGUAAAGCUGAUUUACAAAGACAACUCAGCAAAGCUAACGCUGAAGCUCAAGUAUGGAGAUCAAAAUACGAAUCAGAUGGUGUUGCACGCUCAGAAGAAUUAGAAGAAGCUAAGAGAAAACUUCAAGCUCGUUUAGCUGAAGCUGAAGAAACAAUUGAAUCAUUGAAUCAAAAAUGUGUUGCUCUUGAAAAGACUAAACAACGUUUAACAACUGAAGUUGAAGAUCUUCAACUCGAAGUCGACCGUGCUAAUGCCAUUGCCAAUGCUGCUGAAAAGAAACAAAAAGCCUUCGACAAAAUUAUUGGCGAAUGGAAACUUAAAGUUGAUGAUUUAGCUGCUGAAUUAGAUGCCUCACAAAAAGAAUGCCGUAAUUAUUCCACUGAAUUAUUCCGUCUUAAGGGUGCAUAUGAAGAAGGUCAAGAACAAUUAGAAGCCGUACGCCGUGAAAACAAGAACUUAGCCGAUGAAGUUAAAGACUUAUUAGACCAAAUUGGUGAAGGUGGCCGUAACAUUCAUGAAAUUGAAAAAGCAAGAAAACGCUUAGAAGCCGAAAAAGAUGAACUCCAAGCAGCUCUUGAAGAAGCUGAAGCUGCUUUAGAACAAGAAGAAAACAAAGUAUUGCGUGCUCAAUUAGAAUUGUCACAAGUCAGACAAGAAAUUGACAGACGUAUCCAAGAGAAAGAAGAAGAAUUCGAAAAUACACGCAAGAAUCACCAACGUGCCUUGGACUCCAUGCAAGCUUCAUUAGAAGCUGAAGCUAAAGGAAAAGCUGAAGCUUUACGUAUGAAGAAGAAGUUGGAAGCCGAUAUCAAUGAAUUGGAAAUCGCCUUGGAUCAUGCUAACAAGGCCAACGCUGAAGCUCAAAAGAACAUUAAACGUUACCAACAACAACUCAAAGACUUACAAACCGCAUUGGAAGAAGAACAACGUGCUCGUGAUGAUGCCCGUGAACAGUUAGGUAUUUCAGAACGUCGUGCUAAUGCUCUCCAAAAUGAGCUCGAAGAAUCUCGUACACUCCUUGAACAAGCCGAUCGUGGACGCAGACAAGCUGAACAAGAAUUGGCUGAUGCCCAUGAACAACUUAACGAAAUUGCAGCACAAAAUGCUUCAAUUUCAGCUGCCAAGAGGAAGUUGGAAUCAGAAUUACAAACCCUUCAUGCUGAUUUAGAUGAAUUGUUGAAUGAAGCUAAGAAUUCAGAAGAAAAAGCCAAGAAAGCCAUGGUUGAUGCUGCCAGAUUAGCUGAUGAACUCCGUGCUGAACAAGAUCAUGCCCAAACACAAGAGAAACUUAGAAAAGCUCUUGAACAACAAAUCAAAGAAUUGCAAGUUAGGUUAGAUGAAGCUGAGGCUAAUGCCCUUAAAGGUGGCAAGAAGGCUAUCCAAAAAUUAGAGCAACGUGUACGUGAAUUAGAAAAUGAAUUAGACGGUGAACAAAGAAGACACGCUGAUGCCCAAAAGAAUCUCCGCAAAUCAGAACGUCGCGUCAAAGAAUUGACCUUCCAAUCUGAAGAAGACCGUAAGAAUCAUGAACGUAUGCAAGACUUAGUUGACAAAUUACAACAAAAGAUCAAGACAUACAAGAGGCAAAUAGAGGAAGCUGAAGAAAUUGCAGCACUUAACUUAGCUAAAUUCCGCAAAGCUCAACAAGAACUUGAAGAGGCUGAAGAACGUGCUGACAUGGCCGAACAAGCAAUUAGCAAAUUUCGUGCAAAAGGUAGAGCCGGUUCAAUAGGCAGAGGUGCCAGUCCUGCAGCAGCGACGCCUAAAGCCACCAAAAAGAGUGGAGCGCUGGAGCAAUAAAAAUACCAUAGCUUCCUCGGGCAUCAGUUCGGCCCCAACUUGAUGGAAUGGCUUUCCCUCCAAGAUUUGACCUUGCUCCCGAAAUCGAAUUUUAGAUAAAAAAAAAAGUUAUUAUUUUUAAUUGCCAUUUUUUUUUAAAUAAUUCUUUAUUCAAAAUGGAUAUUGCCGAUGAAAAACGUUAAAUUUAGCCAUUUUCCGAUAAGAAGAAUAGUUAAGUUAAAAAAAAUUAAAACAAAAAAAAAUCUAAAAACCAUCACCAUGAAAUGAAUAUACAGCGUCCAUAAUUAAAA